AUGCGCUUUUGGCCAUUCAAGGUCAUUCCUAGCGAUGACGACAAGCCUAUGAUCCUGGUAACGUACAAAGGCAAGGAGAAGCUGCUUUCAGCCGAGGAGAUCGCCUCAAUGGUGCUAACUAAGAUGAAGGAUGUUGCUAAGGCAUAUCUUAGAAAAACAGUGAAGAAUGUUGUCGUGACGGUGCCUGCUUAUUUCAAUGACUCUCAACGCCUGGCCACCAAGGAUGCUGGAACCAUUGCCGGCUUUGACAUUGUGAGGAUCAUCAAUGAGCCUACUGCUGCAGCCAUUGCAUACAGUCUAGAUAAAGUAGUUUCUAGCUCCGUGGCAAAGAAUGUACUCAUUUUCGACUUUGGUGGUGACACGCUGGAUGUGUUUGUGGCCACGAUUGAGGCGGGUGUCAUUGAAGUGAAGGCUAUUGCCGGCGAUACUCAUCUUGGAGGCCAGGACAUGGACAACAUAAUGGUGGAUUACUUCAUUCAAGAGUUCAGAAGGACGAAGAGUAAGGAUAUUAGCAAGUGA